AUGGUAGAUGGUAUAGAUUUUGUGGCUUUAAAGAAAAUAACAAACCAAGUAUUUAACUCGGCAUUAGAGAAACAUAAAAGAACAGUAGGACAAGGUGUUAUAGGAAAAUUUUUUCGUCGUAGUUUACGUAGUGAUCGAGUCACUAGAGAUGUCAAGAAACAAAUUGAUGACAUGGAUGAUCACAGGCCAUAUUUUACGUGGUGGGUCACAUUUUGCCAAAUUGUAAUAUUCCUUGCAUCAGUAUCAGUAUAUGGUAUAGCACCAAUUGGUAUUGGUGUUAAAGAUUAUUAUGAUACUGUGACUAUGUCCAAUCUUGCAAACCAAAGAAUAGCUCAUAGAGAAAGAGAAAAUCUCUGGCUUGGUCCACGACAGGCUGAUCUCAUACAUCUAGGAGCUAAAUAUACACCCUGUAUGAGAUUUGAUAGGAAUUUAGAUGCAGCACUAGAACUAGAUAGAGAACAAGAAAGGAACUCGGGGUGUUGUGUUAGAAAUGAUGGGUCUGGAUGUGCUCAAAUGACUAAAAGUCGCUGCUCAACCAUUUUGUCAACAUUUGAAAAGUGGAGUGAAGAUUCUCCUGGUCCUGGUGGUAGAGUUUCAGGUUCAGUUUGUGGUCUAGAUCCAAGAUAUUGUGAAAAACCUUCAUCAGUAGCACCAUUUGAAUGGGAUCAAGAUAUUAUUAAGUGGCCGAUAUGUGAAACAUCUAAUAUACCAAAUAGAUCUCUGGCCAGUCCUGAUGAUCGACAUAUGACAUGUGAAUUAGUGGGUCAUCCAUGUUGUCAUGGUAUACAGGGUGAAUGUAUGAUAACAACUAGAGAACAUUGUGAUUUAAUACGUGGGUACUAUCAUGAUGAUAAGUAUCUCUGUGCACAGGUUGAUUGCAUGAGUCAGAUAUGUGGUAUGAUAACAUUUUAUACUGAAGGUUUACCAGAUCAGUUCUACAGAUUGUGGACUUCAUUAUUUCUACAUGGAGGAUUAUUUCAUCUGAUUAUAACAGUAAUAUUUCAAUGGUUUGUAAUGAGAGAUAUGGAGAAGUUAUCAGGAGCUUUAAGAAUGGCCAUUAUAUAUUUAGGUAGUGGUAUAGGGGGUAACCUAGCUAGUUGUAUAUUUUUACCCUAUCAAGUAGAGGUAAGGAUAACGUUUUUUUAG